AUGGUAAGGGCUACUAGAGAUCAUAAUCAUAAUAGAAUGGAUCAGGAUGGUAUAUUAGAAGAUCGAUCAAAACCAAAUGAACAUUCAGUGCCGCAAGAUGAACAACGCCAACAACACCACCAACAACAGCGAUUGUCACAGCUCUCAAUGGGUGAACAGAGUAUAGGAUCUCAAGAUUCCGGAUAUAUAUCUAUUAAAGAUUUUGCAUACGAACCAUCAGAUCCUUUAUACCAUGGGUAUACUGAAGAUUUCGAGGGAUUGGAGUUGGAGCCAGAGACCGAUAUAUCAGAUGUACCUUACAAGGAAGAAGCUGAACAUGAUGACGACCAACGGUAUGAGAAUAGAAGGCAAAGUAUUGUUUUGCCAACGGAUUACGUGAUAAAUCGAUUGGCAGUGGCAUUAUAUGAUUUUGAGCCGGAGAACGAUAAUGAGUUAGAAUUACAAGAAGGCGAUGUUGUUUUUAUUAGCUAUAGACAUGGGCAAGGUUGGCUAGUUGCUGAGAAUCAGAAUAGAACCAAAACUGGAUUAGUACCUGAAGAAUUUGUUACUUAUGCCAAUGAAGAUGACGAAAAUUGGGCUGAAUAUGAGGAAGGGUUCCAAGAUACGGCGAGACCAUUUUAUUUGACGCAUUUCAUCAUACAAGGUAUGCAAGAUCCAUCAUCAAAUUCGAAUACAAAUUCAAUUUCUAAUCCAAAUCAACAAGAAUCAAUUGGUAAUGAAGAAGAACAUCAUGAGGACAGUAAUGGUAACGGUAAAAUUCAGCAAAAUGAUUCGAAUCAUGAGGAUAAUGACCAAUGGGAAGAUAUCGAUCACUUCCAAGGGGACUUCGCUGAUAAACUUAAGAUAUCCUCGUCAUCGAAUAGUUGA